AUGACCAAUGAAGGUGAGGCAAAGUCUGUGAUAUACAAAAAAACGGCCGAGUACUUUGAUAGAGGAUUUCAGAGGAAUUUAAAAGGGGAUGCGCCAGAGCCACUGAAGCCAGUGAUGCCAGUGAUGCCAUUGCCAGAGAAGCCAUUAUUAAGAGAAGAAAUAUCCAAAAUCAAAUCGCACAGGUCCACUGAACACGACCAGAAAAAUGUUCUUCGGGUAUUUGUAAGUGACUUUGCUGGACAGUCAAUCUAUUACGAUACCCAUGGCUGCUUUGUGAAACCGCAUUGUCCUUAUGUUUUGGUUCACGACCUUUCUCUGGAGUUUGAUAAACCCGCCGUUCCCAAGUUUAAAGACAAAGCUGAAAAGAAAGAGAUAGAGAUGAACAAUCCUCAUCUUAAUACCAAUUUAGAUAAUUUUACAUCAUGGUUGAAGUUUCUGCAAGGUUUAGGAGAAUACCAAGGUCAACAGUUCCCUGAUGAAACUGGUCACUGUACUACUGCAGACGGUCGUAAUUUUAAACGCCCACCGGUAUUAAUAGCCUUAACUCAUAGUGAUAAGGUGAAAGGUAACGGCCCCAAAAUACUUAGCGUAAAAGAGAGAAUCGAAAAUGUCGUGUCUGCAAGUGACUAUAAGAAUGUCAUUCUUGGGGUUUUCCUGAUCGACAACACAUUGGAAGGCGACGAUGGAGACGACGUACGAAAGCUUCGUAGAGAGCUUUUUGACUACUCGAAUGCAGUCCUUAACCAGGAGAUUUUAAUGCCUGUGAAAUGGCUAAAUUUUGAAGUUGCUCUAAGCCAGAAGCUAUCACCAGAUUGCAAGUAUAUCCCAGUCGACGAAGCUAAGCGGAAAGCGGAGGCCUGUGGCAUUCGAGAGUUUGAUCAAGCUAUCAAGUUUCUACACCGUCAAGGUGUGAUCGUACACCACAAUGGAUCCAGCAAGGUUGUAUUGGAUCCUCACUGGUUAAUGAAUCGCUUUACGCAAGUGAUCUCCAUGCCUGGCCAAUUGGAUGCCUUGUCCAGGCACGCUCUUGAUGUGUUCGAGCAGAAAGGCAUUUUGUUUCGAGAAUAUUUUCAGACGCUGGAAGACGCAGAACUUUUAGAAGAGCUUAUGCAAAAGUUUAAUUUGAUUUGUCGUUGCCAGCACGAGGGAAAGGCAGCUUUUUAUGUCCCUUCAGUUGCCCCAGCUACGAAGCCAGGAAAAGAGUUGGAAGCUAGCAGUGGUCCAACGCUGUUUGUGACAUUUCCUCGCAAACUUGUAAACAGGCCGUUUACGAAGCUUCAAGUGAGGUUAAUUUCUGAGUGUGAAAAGGGCUUUCCCCAUCAACAAGCCACGCCUUCAUUCUACUGCAACUACUCCUCGCUUCUGUUUAUUAUAGACGGCGACGUGUAUGAUGUUCAUUUAAUCGAUCUCCACGAGUUCAUUAAGAUUGCCGUUUUUCCAAAACAGGAUGGCAACCAUUUCAAGUUUGCCAGUCAUUUUCUAACCACCUUGAAAAAUUGCUUGCACGACCUUAAAUCUCCAGACCAACUAUUAUUCAGCAUGACCAGCUAUGACCUCGAAGUGAAAUGUACCUGCUGUUUUGGUAAAGAAGAAGGAAGAUGUUCUCGUCAUCAUGAGAUCCAGUGUCAUUCAGACCGUUGUGGGCACCGCCACUUCUGGAAGCUUAGUGACCUUCAGAAAUGCUACAACGAUCCAUCCUUUGUAGUUUGCCGGUCGAACAACUCGUCCACGAAGUUUGAGAUUAAGAGUGUAAAAAUUUGGCUCAAUACUG